GCACCGAUACAGGAAAAACCUGUCGUGUAUGAUCGACCCCCGGGAGUAACCGGCGAUCCACCCUUAUCAAAAGGUGAACGAGUAGUUUGGAUGACUGACCAUUCGCCUGAAUUUGGAACAGUUCGUUGGAUAGGUUACCUUGCGGAAUUGAAGGAAUCGAGUUGGACGGUCGGAGUAGACUUCGAUAAUCCCAUUGGCACUGGAACAGGAAAAUACAAGGAUCAGCAGCUGUUUAAGACUGCAGUGAAUCACGCGUCCCUCAUACCAAUAAUGGGUCUUAUGAGGGUCUCGGAAUUGGGACUACCUGAUCCCAAAUAUACUCCAAAGAAUAUUCCUUCGAGAGUGUCUGCUACAAUACCGAGGACUCGUCAAAAUACCCAGGACCAUGUGAAUAGUAAACACAAUUUCAUUAGGGCAUCAACGCCUGAUCGAUCCGACAAUUCACCAUGGGAAAGGCGUACCCCACCGACGACAAUGAACUAUUCAACAAAUGGAGGAACAGGCAUGGGCAGCGGAUCUAUAUCGACGCCCUUGCGGGAAGGGGACCCCUCAUACAAUAUUAUAGACAAAGUUGGACGACCAAAGGGUAGAGCAAAUGCUGCUCACUCUGCUAAUUUAUCUCCAGCAGUUAAUCCUCGUGAUUUAUUACCAAAAGACUGUAAUUCAGACGAUGUUGAAACAAUGAGUUUGGAAAAACGGGCGGGAGCUGCCGUAAAAAAGCAAGCGAAAGCCGCAAAAAACGCGAUUAUGAAUCAGUUAAAAAGAAAGAAGGCGUCAGUUGGAAGUGGUGGUGGUAGUGGUGGCGGCGAUAGUACGGCAAAUACAAGUACGGACUCUGAAACGUUCAAUCUGGACGAUUUGGCGUCAUCUCUUGGUCGUGGAAUAUUAUCUUCUAACACCCGCAAUGCUAGGCAAUCGAGCGAGAGUGAGGGAGGAAGUCUAGCCACGCCCCCUCAAUCAAAGCCUCCCUCUAAGGCGCCAAGCAAAAGUGGGUCGUCAGAUGAAAGAGGCAAAACCUCAUCUCCGAAACCCUUAGAUCCCGCCUCCUUAAACACGCAGUUAAGUUACGGUUCCAUGGUUGAAGUAAAUAGUGAAGAUGGCUCACAUUUUGGUGUUGCCAGAUGGUUUGGUUAUAAAGAAGACAUCAAUUCACCUAUUGUUGGUUUAGAAAUGGACGAUCUAAAUAGUGAGGAAAAUAACAGUACACAACCGACACCGAAAAGAGAAGGAGUUCUGGGGGGAAAGUCACUGUUUGAAUGUACAUCUGGUGGCAAACCAGCUUUUUAUCCAUUAAAGGUCUGUCAGAGAGACAGACGUUUUGAAGAAAAUGCAGUUAGUCGAAACGGUGCUGGUCAACAUUCCCCGUUCGGCAACGUCGACUGUCCGGAAGUUAUCGGUCACGUAGAUCCGUUGAGUUUCGAUUGCAUUGCAGAUUUAAAUCCGUAUUGCGGCAAAAAUAAGGGUAUUCAAGGCCAUAGAAAAUCUUGCUACCUCGACACGACUCUUUUUUCUAUGUUCGCUUUUACGUCCGUAUUUGAUGAAAUUCUUUGUCGACCCAAAAAAGAAGCGGAUAUUAUUUGUUUUGAAGAGAUACAAACUAUUUUAAGAGAAUCAGUUGUUAAUCCCCUACGAAAGAACUUUUUCGUACGAGCCGACAAAGUAUUGAAUUUACGUGGAAUGCUCGAUAAGAAUUCAUCUGUCAAGGGAUUGACGAACGAAGAAAAAGAUCCUGAAGAAUUUUUAGAAUGUUUACUGCAGCAAGCCUUUGUCGUUUCUCCACCAUAUCUGCGUCUUAGCUCGGGAGUAAAUGCUUAUUACUAUCAGUUAUUUGUUGAGAAAGAUGACUGCGUUCUACCGAAUACACAACACCUAUUAGGUCUCAGUUUCUUCCAGAACGACUUAAAAUUGAUGAGCGUUCCUUCGGUACUUAUUCUGCAAAUGCCGAGAUGUGGCAAAGACUUUAAGAUGUAUCCGAAAAUAAUUCCAUCAUUAUACCUAGACAUAACGGAUGUAUUAGAAUAUAGCGUUCGGCAAUGCGCCAUAUGUGGGACUAUUGCAACCCUGGAGUGCCGAGAGUGCUUUUCGCAUUUCGGCAAUUCUCUCGACAAAAUAGCGUUCUGUGCCCCUUGUAGUAACAGAGUGAGUUGACUUUUGCAGCGCGGUCACUUAGACUGCCUUUUAGUCCACUCAAUAAAAUCCCCGCUUUUUUUUUCACUUCGCAGUCUCAUGGUCAUCAAAGACGCAAACAUCAUAGACCAAGACCUUUAAAGUCACCAAACGAUGCCAAGUAUCGCUCGAAUAUGUCUUUAGCUUCUUUGGACUCGAGACGAGAAACUUUAACAGCUGACGAAGUGUCCUGCAGAGAGGUUAUGGAAUUAUUUGCCGUUAUAUGCAUCCGUACUAGCCACUAUGUUGCAUAUUGCAAGACCGCCUGUUCGGAAAAGGCGCCUUGGGUAUUCUUCGAUAGUAUGGCUGACAGAGAAGGGCAGGAAAACGGUUAUAAUAUACCCGAAGUGAAAUUAGUUGAUCGUAUAAGGGAGUAUUUAUCGGAUAAAGAGAGACUGCAUACUGCCAAAGACGUCGAAUUAGACGAGUUACUCAGGCGUCUAGUUUGCGACGCGUACAUCUGCUUUUACCGACACUCUGUUAUGUGUCAAUAUAGUUAAAGUUUUUUGCUUUCUUUGCUUUAACGUAUAUAUAAAAUAUCUGUAUAUAUAGAGUAUUUAUAAAUCUCUAUAUGUAUACUUAUACAAUGUAACAUAUAUAAUAUAUAUGUAUAUAUGUAUAUGAAAUUAUAUACAUAUAUAUAUCUAUAUACAUAUAUAUGUUGGAACUAUGUAUAAAAUAUGUAAAUCUGCAAAAAAUAAUCUCAUGUACAUAAAUUGGUUGUGCGAGCACUUUUUUCUGCAUUUGCAGUACGUUUUAUCUAUGCUGACUAAGUUUAGUAUUUUUGCCUGUGAUGUUCACUGCAUCUUUUUACACUGAUUUGUUGAGAAAGGUUGAAGCAAACAUCUGAAUGUAUCACGUUUUAAUUUAUUCCUUCUUCUAUUUAUUUUUUCAUCGUUUGUCUCGCGAUCAAGAAAAUUCUAGAACAAGAAGUAGGGUUGUAAAUGUUUUUUUCUUUCGACUGCAUGCAAAUUGUUAAAUGAUUGUUGAGCAGCAGAUGAAAAAAUGGAAAAAAAAACCAAUACAUAGUGACACAUAAAUAUUCACGCAUUAAUGUUUCUUUUCGCGUUUUUUCUUCUCUUUUAAAAAGUAUUCCCCGCUUUCGAUUUGCAAAUCGACCUUUGAAGGUUUCUGUGGAGGUGGGAAGGGAGUAUAUUCUUUCUUUGUACGCUUCUUGAACGGCUUUCGCCUCUUGCUUAUUGUCUUGGAUUUGAAUUUUGGCAGAAAGCGAUCCCAUGAUUCACCUUUUAGUGCAGGAUCUUUUGAUAGUUGUUGUUUUAUCAUAAGAGUCUUAAUAUUAUAAAUGGGAUGAAUGUUUUUCAUGGUAUCAACAACUAUUUUUCUUACUUCUUUCAAGCCUCUAUGUGGUCCUAAAGCUGAUACAGUAUUACCCUGAACUAACACGUAACAAUCAGUCAACAGUUCGAUAGCUUUCAGAGUAGAUCCAUCCGGGCCGAUCAGUCUUUGACGGCGUUUAACGAAGCGCUCCUUGUUACGAACCAGUGUCUUUAUCUUGAUAAUAUCACUCGCUAUGUCGUCUUCCAAUACUCUCACAGCUUGCUCAUAUGGAACGCUCCUCGAUAGCAAUUUAAUCAGGUCGCGAGAUUUUAGGAUAAUAAACGGAUCGAACGUUUUCCUUGUAGUUUUAACGGUCAUACUGCCUUCCACAGCGUCUAACUCAGCUUUAAUUCCAUGCUCGGCUAACGCCUUUUUUACCAAUGGCCAGCACUCCCUGAGAUAUUUUUCCCGAUAUUUUGGGAAAAGUGUGGCGAAAGAACUUUCGCAAACUAAACCACGUGGGUUGUCAUCUUUCGUAAACGCAGGCUCCUUCCAUUCACUAUCCGCCAUGAUGAUUAUCUAACUAGCUCUCGUUUCAACCAGUAGAUGUCGUUCUUUUUUUUUUUU